AUUGUCGAUAUGAAAAUGCGCAUGUUAUUUAACAUAAGUUAAUUAGGUAGACUCUGCACUUAUAUUUGAUGGAUUGAUCUAAAGCGUAAAUUUUGAAAUUUAGCAGAAAAUGAAUUAUAUUAAGAUUGGGUACUUAAAACAUUAACAUUGUCUAAAUAACAUAGCAAAUUAUGGAUGAAGUUGAAGAAUUCUCAGAAAGCAUUCAUCAAUAUGUUUGUGAAAAUGACCCGGCAGAUCCCGAAAUCAAGAGCUUGGGCGAGGAAUGGACAAAGUUAUGUGAGGAUAUGAAAAUCAGUCUGCUGUAUGUUAGAUCAAAGAUGGAUGGCUGGUUUAUGGAGGUAUAUAGGUCAAGGAAUGAUCUGUUAAAUGUACUGGAGGACGAAACCACGGGAAGAUGUCAGACAAGAAAAGAUGAACUGUAUUGGAAAUUCUUUCACGAUUUCGAAACAACUAUUCAACAUUCUGCAGAAGUACUUAUUAAAAUACAAAUGACUGCAGUCAAGGAAAAAAUAAAGUCAGAUUAUGGUAACCGCCCGGGCGAUUGGGUUGACCUGGCUGUGACAUGUGUAGAGAAGGAAUUGGAGCUUCUCAAAAAAUACAAGAUGGCACGAAUCCAGACCGAGAAGAAGCAAGAAGCUAUACUUAAAGUUGAACAGGAUAUUCAGACGGCUGAUCGAAUACGAACGAAAAUAAAUGAUUAUUUAAAAAUGGUGAAAAGUAAAGUUUCUGAUAUACAAGAGUUGUACGAGCAAAAGGAUGAGAAAGCGGAACUCUUUACAGCGCGACAAGCAAUACCAUCCCGUCAAAUUGGAAAUAUACCUAGGUCUCAAUACUUUAAAUCACAGCUCGACCAAAUCACCGUCAAAAUCGACGCUGCCAAGGCAGAAUUACGACCAAUGCAGAAGGAAAUUUUAGGAAAUUUUACAGAUCUUUGCAGUGUGUUGGAUGAACUUGUUAAAAAUUUAAAAACAAAGGUAAAAGAGUGGCAACGAGAGUUUCUGUUUAACUAUGCUGAAUUAGAGGCGACGCCAGACUUAGUUAAAAUAGCACCAUGGUGCUCGCAGACCGGAAAGAUAAUUCAUGACAUUUUGCAUGGAAGCCUUGUUAGCUGGCAAAACACGUGUAACAGUGCCCCAAAUGACACAUUUGAAAAUCUUAAUGGAAGCUUUCAAACAUAUACAUCGUUUUUCCAAAAUAUGUUGACAGAUUUUAUAAAAAGCACUUUCGUUGUUACGGAGCAAGGAAAUUUCUUCAUCAAAACUGGAAACAAACGUUUUCCGAAGUUUUCUGUCAGAAUAUUAGCGGCUGACAUGUUCAGUAAACACUCAGAAGAAACAACUGCACGCUUUAUAUCUGAAGAUGACCUUAGUGACUGUUGGGAUGGCAAUAACCUUGACCUUAGAAAAGUUGAAAAAAACGAGAGGAAACUGAAAGCUAAUAAAGUUAAGUUUUCGGCGGAGAAUGGAAAAGAUAAAAUGGAAUGUUGUUUUCCCAAUUUGCAAUUUGCUCAGGGAUUUAAAAGGACAAAUAAAGAGGCAAACAGACAAGUCCACGAGGAGAAGUACCGUGUAGUAUUUGUGACUAACAUAGAAUCUGUAACCUGUUGGACAUUAUCGCUUCCAUUGGUUGUAACGACUGCAUCUAACCAAGAAGCACAUAGCCUGGCCUCAAUUAUGUGGCAGUGUUAUUCUUCAACAGACGUUUUCUCUCCGGUAAAUGAUAUGCCAGAGGAGCUACCUUGGUCUACGGUCGCGGAGAUGUUGCAGAAGAAGAUGGCAAGACUGUCUACAAAACACAGGCUAUGUCAAGAAAAUAUUACUCACCUGAAAAAUAGACUUUUUGGCAAAGACAGUGAGAGCAUACCAGAUGAAAAGCCUGUAGAUCUCACAAAAUUUUGUUGGUUAUCCAUGGAGGAUACAGAAUUUUCAUUUUGGAAAUGGUUCCUUGGCGUUUAUAAUCUCAUAGAGCAGUAUCUUCCACAGUUUUGGCAUGACGGCUUGAUCAUGGGUUUUGUGAACAAGGACAGAGCUGAACAAUUGUUAGAAGAAGGAAAGUUUGCGGCAGGAACAUUUAUACUUCGUUUUUCCGACAAACAUUUCACAAACAGUGAUGGAAGGAAAAGUGUUUAUGGUCGCCUUACAUCAUGUGUUGCCGUGUUGAAAGAAAGCAAAGGUUUGAAACGAAACAGUUCGAGUCAUCAACACGAUAAUAAAAAGCUUGUUUUUGAACAUGUUGAUGUCGCUGACUUUAAGAAACUUGAAGGUGAAAUGAAGAAACAAGAUUCAGAGGAUGGUGCGAAGAACAAUCUUGCUAAUAUUCUGAAGGAAACGUGGAUCAAAUGUCGAGAGAAACAAAAUCAAAUCCAGAUGUACCGUUUUUUGUACCCGAGCAGGAAAUCAAGGGAAGAACUUUUCGAUAAAUACUGCGAAGAAGGUACAACUGUUUCCGGAUACAAACACACGAGAGAAGCUUAUAUUGCUAUACUUGAACAGGCCAUGACGAAGAUCAGCCAAACCAGACUAGAUGACCCGUCCACUCAGCCUCUUGCGGACAGGAACAUGAAAUUUGAUGCAGCGAAUCCGAAAAAGCCAAGACGUAGAGAUUCUGAAACUAAAAGGAAACGGUCAUCCAGACAAAACAGCAGCUGUCAGUCAAAUAUUUCUUCACCACAUGUAAGCCCAUUCCAUGAACAGAGUCCACAUAGUCAGUCCCAUAGCCCAAUGUCUUCUCACAUGAGCCCAGUGUACCCGGCCCAAUCACCGUAUCCAGUCUCAAGUCCAGCGCAGUCGGUUCCAAGUCCGGCCUUUACAAUGCAGAGGCAAUUUUUACAAGAAAGUGAAAUCAGCGGGUCAUGUACAGACGACAAAUCUCGACUACCAACCUUCCUAAAAGAAGAAUGUCAUAUUUCGUCCUCUUCUUUGAAUGACAAUGAUAAUCAUUGUGCUACAUCGGGAAGAAUAUGUGUAGAUAAGGAACAAUUUCAACAGUUUGACGCCAUGGAAAUAACUGUUGAACAUGAAAGUAUAGACGUUUAUCCAGUCGGUUUCGAUUUGUUAUCUCCAAAUGUAGGAAGUGAGUUUACAACGGCAACGACAGAAAGAAAUAUAUCAGCUGGGGCAGCAGAUAAUAUGAUAUUCAUAGAAGAUUACGGUGGCGAAGAUAUUAUUUGCUCCCAAGAUAUCGACAGCCAAAACAAGCAAAUCAAACCCCAUGUGACGGAGAACAUAACCUCUCCAAUUGUUUUAACUGUUAAAAAUACGGAUGGAAAACUUAGUUUAACUGGAGAAAACGGCAUCGGGCAGGUAAAUAGAAUAGUACCAACACGUAAUACAUUCAUAGACAUAAGCCGGCUAACACCUGAGCAGAUUAAACAGGUUAAUGAAUGGAUAAACAUUGGAGGCCAUCUUCAAACAGAUACCGGAAUGAAAUCGGAACAAACACCUGUAUCAUCCGGUAUGUGUGACAUACCUGUUUCCACAUCGUCGGGUAGUUCCGGAGAUUUGUAUGAUUAUAGUGCAAUGCAGUUAGCUAAUAUGGGAAGUGGAGAUAUUGAUCCCAAUUUUGCAAAAAGCAUUGUUGAACAAGACGCUGUACCAGAUGAGGCAUCAGAUGUAUAGUCAGUCGUUCGUGAUAACUAUGUAUCGACUUCAACACCGUGUUCCUAUAUACGUUUGUGUAAUGAUUUAUACAUCAUAUUUCAUGUUCAAUAUAUGAUCGUUCCUGAUAACCGUUUAUUGAUUGGUGAAUACAUCCAUGUUCAACGUGUUUGUUUGUGUUAACUAUAUAUUGAUUAACAUAACCGCAUUCAUUUCUUACACAUUAUUUUCGUUUGUGAUAACUGUAACUUGAUUUGUACAGCACAUACAUUUUUUCACUUAUGUUGGCUAUUAAACAAUAACUCGAUGACAAUCAUAUGCUGCUGUGCAUACUUGGCUGGUUUUUGCGUCUUAUGAAUAUAGGAAAAAAAUACAAUACCUUUUCAAAUGAAUUAAACGUGUCUUUAAA